AUUUUCUCCAUCAUCAAUUGACUUUCCAUACUGCAUGACUUCCUCUACUGACUGAACUGCUGAUGAUGCCAAUUCCUGGAGUCAUGUCCGAAGCAUAUUCUCCAGCAAUUGAUCUCAUCCCAUGCUAAUUUUAUUUGUUUAUGAGGUUUUAUAACUUCUUGAACUGCCUGAAGAGCAAAACACUCAGGUGGUCCAGACUGCCGAAUGACCCUCCUGAAUUCUUCCAUGCUGAAGAUUCAGAACCAAUUCCAAGCAAAAAUGCCAGAGAUUAGUGACGAUUCUUCUCCUAGUGGCAAUGACGGAAGCCGGAGUGAAACAAGCACAGCUCAGACGAGACGUGAUCAACAGAGUUCAAUCAAUGGAGGAGGCUGGAGGUUCGCCGCCACCCGCGCCAUCCGCCAACGCCUUAAGCCUUCCAACCUUGUCAUAGUCCGAGAUGCUCAAAUACCAUUGUCCUCUGCUCAUGAAGAACUACAGCCUCACCUCUCAGCCAAAAGGCGUGUUAUUGCCCUCAAUGAGAAGAUGAGUUCGAGCUUGAUGGCAUCAGCAGCACUCAGUAGCAGCAGAGCAGCCCAGCUCGGUAGCAACACAACAGCCAAGCACGGCAGCAACAAAGCAGCCCAGCUCGCAGCACCAAAACAGUCCAGCUCGGCAGCGGCAAAGCUCAGCAGUACUCCAGCUCAACAGAAGCAAGGCAAUCCAGCUCGACAGCAGCGAAGCAGUCUCUCAGCUCGGUGGCAUGCACUGAGCAAAUUUGUAAUGAAGCUCGUUGAAGAAGACGCGAGCAAUCAACAUAAUAUGAUGAUGUUAAACCACUACCGAGAACACACAUACUGCUCUGAAAAGCCAGUAGUCUCAUCUCAUGGUCAGUUGAGAGCAGAGGCAUUCAACCGCCCACGUAGCAUCACCGAACCAUUUGGAGGCUUGAAAAAUUUGCCAAUGAAGCUGAGCAUGAGAAGCGAACUGCAAGAACAUGAGCUGCGAGCUACUGAGUUCAAAAGCACGAGUUGCCGAGCUCACAAGCACGAUGCAGAACUCGGGCAAGAUCUUUUGAGCUGGGUUGAGCAUGAGCUGCAGAGCUCGAACACAAGCUGUAGAGGUCGAGUGCGAAGUGCAGGGGUCGAACACGAAGCGCAAAACUCAAGCACGAGCUGCAGAGGUCAAACACUUAACUGCCAAGGUCAGCCACGAGCUGCAAAGGCCGAGCAUGAAGUGCAGAACUUGAACACGAGGUGCAGAGGACGAGCAUGAGUUGAAAGAUAUGCAGCACGAGCUACAAGAUUAUGAUGUUUCUCUUGCUUGAAUUUGGAUAUGUUCUUUCCUGUGUUGAUGUGCCUUCAUUCUCCAUGCACUGUUCUAGUUCCUAUAUGAACAAACCUCUGGAAACGAUUUGCAGUUGUAGGGCUUUAACUUUUUUGGGUUUUUUUUUUUUUUGUAUUCAAUAAUUUUACUUGUGCUGU